UUCAGAUCCCAGAGUAGUAGUCGUUCUGGGAGUAGCUUAGGAUCAUCUCGUUUCCCUGGCUCCAAAGUUAGCUCUCCCAACACACCUAAGGUAUUAGAAGGUCAGUUGAAACUUCGAUAUUCUGGUGGCCCAGGGCUGACAGCUGGGCAUUGCCGGAUGUGUUCUGUUUCUAUUACUCUCGAGAUGCUUCCAUCAAUACUUAUUACAGGAUGGGAUGUAUUGCCAGCUGAAACUUGUAUGAGGGGGAACAUCUUCAAACAGAAGAGCGCCGUGCAUUAGAUCAAGUAUGUGCUGAGCAUGUAGUCAAUCAUGUUGAUUUGCGAUGGCGAAUGCCAUCACAAAGUUUGCAAGGACGGGUUUCCUUGAAGGGUCUCUCUCUGACACCGGAUAUGCUGGAUGUUGUGCGCAUGUCACCUUUGCAGUGGGAUGUGACUGUGGAUGGUCAACCAGUUAAACCACAACCUCAGGAAGAGUUAAGUGCAGUUGCAGGGCAGCUGUUGACUUUAGGAGUCAAUUUGGCAGAACAAGGUACUGCAUACCAUGAAUGCAGUGUCGUAUUUUUUACUCCUGGCCAAUACAAAGCAGAUAUCCAAUGUACAACUCAGUUGGAAGGAGAAGAUGGAGAUGGGAGCCAUGUGUGGAAAUUUACACCUGCAGUUUGCAUUUCAGUUUUAGAUGCUCAUCCAAACUGAUGCAUCCCAUAAGGUUAUUUGAAGUGAUUUGGAAUAGGGAAAUAAAUAAAAACAAAAUAGUAUGAUUUCUUAUAUACAGUGAUAUUCACAUACUUACAUAUGCUUACAUUUAUUUAUACAUCUUUGAAAUUAUUCUUUAUUCUUGCCAAAAUAAUAGCAACAAAAAUCUCUGUAUGGACUUACUGUGUAUGAAAAAUUUUAAAAUAUUUUCUGCAUUGUGGUUUAUGAAGAUCUGGCAUAAGACCCACAGUUUUUCAUGUUAUUGUUAAUUAUUUGAUAGGUGUGAGAGUUUGUAUGCUGAUGUAAAUAGAGAAGUUUUUGUUUACA